AUGCCUUCCCGUAGAACGACAUCCGAAGCACCCGCCGAUACUGGUCAUGGCAGUUCCGAGUCAGAUGCUGCUCCCAAACGGACUCGACGCCCUCCCAGCACCGGUCAUGGUGGCUCUAUGUCAGACACUCAAGGCGCAAACCUUCACACAUCAUUGCGACUAGAGGCCGACAACGCCCAAGCCACGGCAAAGAUUCGCCAGCUGAGUGACACCAAUGACCAGAAUCUGGCCAAGAUUCAAGCACUUGAGUUCCAAAAAUCCAAUCUGAAACAGCAACUCGACGCUGCACAGGUUGGUAGCACAGCCGGUGAUAAUCUGUUGCCCAUACUACUGGAGGUCAGCGGCAAUUUUCAAUAUGCGCAGAGCCAGCUCGAGAAGAAGAUAGAGGCAGAGAGAAACGCAGAGAAAAACAAGCUUACAUUUGCUGGCUUCCCUGCUUCUGAUGUGUUACAACCAUCCUGGCCGGUCUACAACAGCCAGAUGGGUUCGCUUGGGACCAAUUCGCUACAAAGCUACUCACUACCGAGUACCUUUCCGUUGACCAAUCAACAAGCGCCAACCCAAGCAAAUCAGCAACAUCUCCCAGCAGCUAGCCAAUAUAUACCGCAAUUUUGA